AUGGGGCGACAGCAGCGCGCAGCUGAAGAAGCUGCCCGCCUGGCGGAGGAGCAGAAACGCAAGGAUGAGAAGGCCAAGCGGGAUGCCAUCAAGGAGCGAGUGAAGAAGUGCCGGCAGCGGCUUCGAAGUUUCCACCCGGCUGUAAAAGAGCACGUGGUCCUUGAGCAAGUCAACGAGGUCUGCCUGCAGUUCACCGAAGAGCAGUUGAAGGAGCUCGGAAAUCAGAUCGAGAAGGCCUUGACGUCAGGCGGCGAUGCCAUGGCGGCAGCCAGCCUCUUCCACAAGGCAAUUGAGUCUAUCGGCCUCGCGCCAAUGAAGGUGAGCGAGGAUGCCACCAGCACGACGAGCGGGCCAACAGAUUCGCAGGAGGAUGCGCAGACCACAGAGGAACGGCGUGAAAGCGAGAGACGACAAGCCGAAAAGGACCAGGAGAAGGCGGAGGAACGUGCCCGAUUGGCUGCAGAGAGGGCUGAGGAGAAGAAGAAAAAAGAGGAACAGAAAAAAAGAGAGGCCGCAGCUGCGGAGGCUGCCAGGCGACAGCAAGAAAAGAAGGAGGAGAUGAAAGCAAAGAAGGCCGAGGAGAAGCAGAAGAAACAGGAAGAGGAGGAGCGACUUCGCAAGGAGCAGCAGCGUGAGCUGGCCAAGCAGAAAGCCCAAGAACAGGCGCAACGAGACCGCCAGGCUGCCCAAGCUGAGAAGGAGAAGUUGGAACUCGAGCGGCUGGUGAACCUUUUCGCAAAGGAUCGCCUCGAGAGGCUGGCCAAGCUUGAUCCGCUUUCCGACGAAAAGUUGGCAGCCUCUUUACAAGUAGCUGUGGACGAAGACAAAGCUCUCGCAGCUUCGUUGGGACUGCUGAAGGGCAAGAUGGUGGAGCUGAGAGAUGAGCUGACUGACACGCAGUCAGAUCCGCUUGACCGCGCUGUUGCACUGGUCAGCGAGGGAAAAGCUGGUAGCGUUUGGCCCCUGGCGCUGGCACCCCCCGCAAACUUGCGGCUAGAGAAUGCUUUGCGCAACCGUGUCAAGAAGGCCCGGAAUCGUCUGAGGGAUGUGGUCGGAUCCUUUCUUCACUCGUGCAACCUGCCAAAUAAUGAGAAUGGUGCAGUCACAGACUGGCAGCGCGACGUUGUGAACGGCUUGCUGGUGCCAACGUGGUCGCCGGCACAGGAACCUUCUGAGCCACCUUCCAAGCCAGGCCCCGAGAAGAAAAAGAAGAAGGAAAAGGAGACCGAUGAGGACUUGGACCGGAUCCUGGCGGAGUUUGAGGAUUCUUCGCCAGGCAAAACAAAGAAGAAACCCGGUAAGAAGAAAUGA